AUGUCCGACUACGACAGUUAUGAAGGUGAUUUGAUCGAAUUAGGAAAAGAACAUGCGGGUACGUAUGAUGGAGAUCGUAAUGAAGCAGGUGAAAGACACGGUCAUGGAGAAGCAAUGCAUAGAAAUGGUGAUAUAUACGUUGGUCAUUAUGAACUGGGCAAACGUAAUGGUUUUGGUAAAUAUAAGUUUAAAAACAAUGCAAGAUACGAAGGUGAAUAUGUCAAUGGUGUUAAAGAAGGAAAAGGAACAUUUUGGUAUCCUGAUGGAUCGAAAUAUGAAGGCGAAUGGAAGUCUGGUAUUAGAAAUGGCAUGGGAAAAUACACAUAUCCAAACGGUGAUUGGUACGAUGGAUCAUGGAAAAGCAACCUGAAGGAUGGAAACGGAAUAUACUAUCACAGUCAAAACGACGUAACAUAUAAAGGAAAUUGGCGCGAUGGUAUACGUGUGGGAACUGGGAAAAUCAUUAAUAAACAGUAUACUUUCCUUGGAAAAUUCAAAGAUAACUAUCCUUUGGGUGCAGGUAAAAUGAUUUUCGAAGGCUGUCAACAGAUUGGUGAAUAUAUAAUGACCGACGUGUUCGUGAGGAAAAAUGGAAUUCUUGAAACUGAACAAGAAGCAACAUGGCGUUGUUGUGAACUUAUCUACUCAUCAGGAUCGCGAAACAGACAUUCAAAAUAA